UCGCUACUUUCGAACACGGCGGAUGCCUAUGGUUACGCCUGUGUAGCUAGCUACAUGCUAAUUCUCAAAGCGCGCUCAGUUGACCUAUUUUGCAGGUGUUUUACAUGGUGCGGUACCGCUAGCUUUCAUCUAAUUUUUUGAAGACGCGACUCAAUAUGAUGGGUGAACCGGUGGCUGAUAUGUGUGAUCAGCUUGUUAAAGCUGUGAACGUGAUGAUGGACGCGGAAUCUAGCCAAAUAUAUCGCUUGGAGGCCCUAAAGUUUUGUGAAGAAUUCAAAGAGAAGUGUUCCUUCUGUGUCCCAUGUGGGCUACAGUUGGCAGAUAAAACUCAAACAGCAGUGGUGAGGCACUUUGGUCUACAGAUACUGGAGCACGUCAUCAAGUUCAGAUGGAACAACAUGCCACAGCAAGAGAAAGUCCAGCUGAAGAACUGUGCUAUGGGGCUAUUGUCAACUGGCACAUAUCCUAUCCUGGAGGAGGAGAGCCACAUCAAGGACGUUCUCUCGCGGAUCAUAGUGGAGAUGAUCAAGAGAGAAUGGCCUCAGCACUGGCCUGACAUGCUGAAGGAGAUGGAGGCACUCACCAGUGUAGGGGAGGCCCAGACAGAGCUGGUGAUGUUGAUCCUGCUGCGGCUGGCGGAGGACGUGAUCACCUUCCGGACCUUGCCCACCCAGCGCCGCCGGGACAUCCAGCAGACCCUCACCCAGAACAUGGAGAGUAUCUUUAGCUUCCUGCUCGCCAUCCUGCAGCUCCACGUCGACGAGUACCGCAAACUGAAAAGAAUACCUGGCCAAGAAUUGCAGGCCAAGGCCCAAUGUCGGGUAGGCGUGGCCACUCUAAACACCCUGGCAGGCUACAUAGACUGGGUUGCCCUGGCAAACAUCACCAAUGACAACUGUCGCCUGCUGGAAAUGCUGUGUCUAUUGCUCAGUGAGACAGAGCUGCAGCUGGAGGCUGCAGAGUGCCUGCUUAUCGCCAUUAGCCGCAAGGGGAAGCUGGAGGACAGGAAACCACUCAUGGUGCUGUUUGAUGACGUUGCCAUGCACUACAUCCUCUCUGCUGCACAGUCUGCAGAUGGAGCAGCAAUAUGCAACAAAUCCUCUCCAACACAGCCAGUGGGGGUGGGGGUGGUGGAGAGACACUACACCUUCCUGAAGAGGCUAUGUCAGGUCCUGUGUGCCCUGGGCAGCCAACUCUGCUCAUUAGUGGGUUCAGAUGUGGAGGUAGAGGUACCAGCAAACCUUAUCAAGUACACAGAAGCGUUCCUGGCCUUCACCACACACCCAAGCCAGUUCCUUAGGUCUUCCACCCAGAUCACAUGGGGAACUUUGUUCAGACAUGAGAUUCUCUCCAAGGAUCCUGUCAUCAUCCAGAUGACCAUCAAGUACUUUAGAGCCACCAUGACCAACCUAGUCAAGACUGGUUUCCCUUCCAGCAACGACAGUCCCAGCUGUGAGUACUCCCGUCAUGACUUUGACAGUGAUGAAGACUUCAACUCCUUCUUCAACUCGUUCCGAGCGCAGCAGGGGGAGGUGGUCCGGAAUGCGUGUCGUAUUGUCCCCUUGGAGGCCUUCCAGAUUGCAGCAGAGUGGCUGCAGUAUCAGAUCAGUGCGCCCAUCGAUAUCGGAACCACUGUGUCUAAGACGGCUGAGGGGCUGUGUUCUAUCCUGUCUCCGUCAGUGGUCCAGUGGGAUGCUAUGACCUUCUUUACAGAGAGUGUUGUGGGAAAGAUCUUUAAGAACGUGGAGGAUGAGAAGUUGCCGGUAGACCAGGGCAUUGAGCUGCUUCAGGCUGUGUUGAACUACAACACCCAAGACCCUCUCAUCCUGUCCUGUGUCCUCACCAACGUCUCCGUCCUCUUCCCCUUCGUCACACACCGACCUCACUUCCUGCCUCAGGUCCUCUACAAGCUAUUUGCCUCCAUCACAUUCGAGGUGGUAGAGGAGAGUAAGGCACCACGGACGCGUGCGGUGAAGAACAUCAGAAGACACGCCUGCUCCUCCAUCAUCAAGAUGUCUCGAGACUACCCACAAUUCAUUCUUCCGUGUUUUGACAUGAUGUAUAACCACGUGAAGAAGCUGUUCUCCAGCGAGGCUCUGUUGAACAUGCUGGAGAAGUGUGCUCUUAUGGAGGCCCUGGUCCUCAUCAGUAACCAGUUCAAAGACUACAACAAGCAGAAACACUUCCUGGAGGAGCUCAUGGCCACUGUGGCCGCUCGCUGGACCUCCGACGAGAUGAGGCGUGUGCUGUGGGAUCCUACUCUGUUCCUGGACUUCGUUGGUGCUGAUCAGCUGGUGGCUGAAGGCACAGAACACACAACGGGCAUCAACAAGUCACGGUUGAGUUUCUGUGUGUACACCAUCCUGGGGGUGGUGAAGAGGGCCCGCUGGCCGGCUGACCUGGAGGAGGCGAAGGCAGGGGGCUUCGUAGUGGGCUACACCCCUAAUGGAGCCCCCAUCUACAGAAACCCCUGCAGCGCCCAGGUCCUGGCACUGCUGCCCAACCUGCUCGCCCUCAUCAGAACCCACAACAGUCUCUUCCUGCCGGAGAACAUGUGUCGUCUGAGUGAGACGUUCUCCAAGGCCUACGACAUGAUAGAGGUGGAGAAGAACAUGGUUCUAGGCCUGCCUCAGCCAGCCCUGGACAUCUAUGACCCUCCACUGUAUAAGACUCAUCUAGAGCGCAUGCAGGGAUUCUUCUGUACCCUCUACGACAACUGUUACCAUAUCCUGGGGAAGGCAGGCCUAUCAUUGCAGCAGGACUUCUACACCAUCGAGGGAUUGGCUGAACAGAUCGUUGGUUCUGUCUUUGUCUCGCUCGACACGGUGCCUGACCACAGACUCCGCACCAUGCUCCGGGUGUUCCUGAAGCAGCUGGUGGUGUCAUGUCCUCAGGAGUGCUACAACAGUCUGCUCUGCCCCCUGCUGGGCACUCUGUUCGCCUACAUGCUACAGAGACUCAAUCUCAGGUGGCAGAUCAUCAACCAGAGGAGUACUGUCAGUGGGGAGGAGGAGGAGGAGGAGGACGAGUCGUGUGAGGAGAAUCAGGAGAUGCUGGAGGAGCAGCUAGUUCGGCUGCUCACCAGAGAGGUUCUGGACCUGCUCACUCACGCCUGCAUAAUGAAAAAGGUGCCUGCGCCAGCAGGAAACAAGGAAGAUGUGGAUGAGGAGGAGAUGAUGUCCACUGAGUCCCAGGCAGUCGCUGUCUCCCCUGCCCAGCCAACAGGCGAACUGACGGAGCUGGGGAAGUGUUUUCUCAAACACGAGGACAUCUAUAUGACCUUGUUGACCAUCUCAUUCACCUCUCUGUCCUGGAAGGACACCAGUAACUGUCACCGCAGCGCCUCCAUCGUGUGCUGGACCCUGCUACGACAGGUUGUAGGUGGGAACCUUUUGCCAGAGGCGGUCACAUGGUUCUAUACCAGUGUUCUGAAGGGACUGCAGAUGCAUGGGCAGCAUGAGAUCUGCAACUCAGCCCUCAUACAACUGGCCCUGCUUAUGUACGAGAACCUGCGGCCGCGGUACAUGGAGCUAAGAGACGUGAUGACUCAGAUCCCCGACAUCAAUCUGGAGGCUCUAGACCAGUACGACCAGCGGUUGCUGGAACCCAGCUCCGCUCAGAGGUUGGGAGAGAAGAAGAGGAAAGACCAGUUCAAGAAGCUCAUUGCUGGCGCUGUGGGGAAAGCUCUGGCCCAGCAGUUCAAAAAGGAGGUACAUAUACGAAAUCUUCCGUCUCUCUUUAAGAAGCCGAAGCCUGAGAAAAGGGACAUUCUGGAGACCAGUGAGAGUGGAGCACUAGCAGCACUCUUCUCCCCAGUGCUGGAUGACAUCUAGGAGCACUAGCAGCACUCUUCUCCCCAGUGCUGGAUGACAUCUAGGAGCACUAGCAGCACUCUUCUCCCCAGUGCUGGAUGACAUCUAGGAGCACUAGCAGCACUCUUCUCCCCAGUGCUGGAUGACAUCUAGGAGCACUAGCAGCACUCUUCUCCCCAGUGCUGGAUGACAUCUAGGAGCACUAGCAGCACUCUUCUCCCCAGUGCUGGAUGACAUCUAGGAGCACUAGCAGCACUCUUCUCCCCAGUGCUGGAUGACAUCUAGGAGCACUAGCAGCACUCUUCUCCCCAGUGCUGGAUGACAUCUCGGAGCACUAGCAGCACUCUUCUCCCCAGUGCUGGAUGACAUCUAGGAGCACUAGCAGCACUCUUCUCCCCAGUGCUGGAUGACAUCUAGGAGCACUAGCAGCACUCUUCUCCCCAGUGCUGGAUGACAUCUAGGAGCACUAGCAGCACUCUUCUCCCCAGUGCUGGAUGACAUCUAGGAGCACUAGCAGCACUCUUCUCCCCAGUGCUGGAUGACAUCUAGGAGCACUAGCAGCACUCUUCUCCCCAGUGCUGGAUGACAUCUAGGAGCACUAGCAGCACUCUUCUCCCCAGUGCUGGAUGACAUCUAGGAGCACUAGCAGCACUCUUCUCCCCAGUGCUGGAUGACAUCUAGGAGCACUAGCAGCACUCUUCUCCCCAGUGCUGGAUGACAUCUAGGAGCACUAGCAGCACUCUUCUCCCCAGUGCUGGAUGACAUCUCGGAGCACUAGCAGCACUCUUCUCCCCAGUGCUGGAUGACAUCUAGGAGCACUAGCAGCACUCUUCUCCCCAGUGCUGGAUGACAUCUAGGAGCACUAGCAGCACUCUUCUCCCCAGUGCUGGAUGACAUCUAGGAGCACUAGCAGCACUCUUCUCCCCAGUGCUGGAUGACAUCUAGGAGCACUAGCAGCACUCUUCUCCCCAGUGCUGGAUGACAUCUAGGAGCACUAGCAGCACUCUUCUCCCCAGUGCUGGAUGACAUCUAGGAGCACUAGCAGCACUCUUCUCCCCAGUGCUGGAUGACAUCUAGGAGCACUAGCAGCACUCUUCUCCCCAGUGCUGGAUGACAUCUAGGAGCACUAGCAGCACUCUUCUCCCCAGUGCUGGAUGACAUCUAGGAGCACUAGCAGCACUCUUCUCCCCAGUGCUGGAUGACAUCUAGGAGCACUAGCAGCACUCUUCUCCCCAGUGCUGGACGACAUCUAGGAGCACUAGCAGCACUCUUCUCCCCAGUGCUGGAUGACAUCUAGGAGCACUAGCAGCACUCUUCUCCCCAGUGCUGGAUGACAUCUAGGAGCACUAGCAGCACUCUUCUCCCCAGUGCUGGACGACAUCUAGGAGCACUAGCAGCACUCUUCUCCCCAGUGCUGGAUGACACCUAGGAGCACUAGCAGCACUCUUUUCCCCAGUGCUGGAUGACAUCUAGGAGCACUAGCAGCACUCUUCUCCCCAGUGCUGGACGACAUCUAGGAGCACUAGCAGCACUCUUCUCCCCAGUGCUGGAUGACAUCUCGGAGCACUAGCAGCACUCUUCUCCCCAGUGCUGGAUGACAUCUAGGAGCACUAGCAGCACUCUUUUCCCCAGUGCUGGAUGACAUCUAGGAGCACUAGCAGCACUCUUUUCCCCAGUGCUGGACGACAUCUAGGAGCACUAGCAGCACUCUUCUCCCCAGUGCUGGAUGACAUCUAGGAGCACUAGCAGCACUCUUCUCCCCAGUGCUGGAUGACAUCUAGGAGCACUAGCAGCACUCUUCUCCCCAGUGCUGGAUGACAUCUAGGAGCACUAGCAGCACUCUUCUCCCCAGUGCUGGAUGACAUCUAGGAGCACUAGCAGCACUCUUCUCCCCAGUGCUGGACGACAUCUAGGAGCACUAGCAGCACUCUUCUCCCCAGUGCUGGACGACAUCUAGGAGCACUAGCAGCACUCUUCUCCCCAGUGCUGGACGACAUCUAGGAGCACUAGCAGCACUCUUCUCCCCAGUGCUGGACGACAUCUAGGAGCACUAGCAGCACUCUUCUCCCCAGUGCUGGACGACAUCUAGGAGCACUAGCAGCACUCUUCUCCCCAGUGCUGGACGACAUCUAGGAGCACUAGCAGCACUCUUCUCCCCAGUGCUGGACGACAUCUAGGAGCACUAGCAGCACUCUUCUCCCCAGUGCUGGAUGACAUCUCGGAGCACUAGCAGCACUCUUCUCCCCAGUGCUGGAUGACAUCUAGGAGCACUAGCAGCACUCUUCUCCCCAGUGCUGGAUGACAUCUAGGAGCACUAGCAGCACUCUUCUCCCCAGUGCUGGAUGACAUCUAGCAGCACUCUUCUCCCCAGUGCUGGAUGACAUCUGGCAGCACUCUUCUCCCCAGUGCUGGAUGACAUCUGGCAGCACUCUUCUCCCCAGUGCUGGAUGACAUCUGGCAGCACUCUUCUCCUCAGUGCUGGUCGACAUCUAGGAGCACUAGCAGCACUCUUCUCCCCAGUGCUGGAUGACAUCUGGCAGCACUCUUCUCCCCAGUGCUGGAUGACAUCUGGCAGCACUCUUCUCCCCAGUGCUGGAUGACAUCUGGCAGCACUCUUCUCCCCAGUGCUGGAUGACAUCUGGCAGCACUCUUCUCCCCAGUGCUGGAUGACAUCUGGCAGCACUCUUCUCCCCAGUGCUGGAUGACAUCUGGCAGCACAGAGGCCCUCAGUCUGGUCUAACACACACGCACUACAUUCAGCUGUUACAGGACUUCGACUGGACUAGCAUACACACAAACAUGCAAACACUUUCUAUCCUCCCGGGGACUUUUACUCCUGAAGGAUUGGCACAACAAUUGUUUGACAUUUCUACCCUAUCGAUCGACAGUUGGAUGAAUGGACUCUACAAUUUGUGGCAGCCUCCCCAUUUAGGACAAAGGUAAUCAGAAUAUUCUGUCAUGGACUGAACCCUGCUAACUGCUCGAUAAUAUUUAUCCAAAUAAUGUGAGUGUCUGUCUGCCUUGAUCAGAAAUAUAGAACAGUAUGAUGAUGGUGAUUGUCCUUCAACAGGACAUGGCUUUUGCCAUAAACCCUGCAGGUUGUAAAUGUAACAAAGAACUGCGUUUAUACAGCACAUUUCCUCACUAGCACAACACAUUUAGCUUUAAUUGUGUUUUAGUAGAUCCGCAAACAUGGACCAUCCACCUGGGUGCUCAACGACUGCAGCCAUUUUGUGCCAGAAGAACCUGAAUGGGAUCCAGUGAGCAUGUCUGAGGUGUUAGACUUCAAAGUAGUCUGCUGUAUAAGGAGAGCUAUUUUCAAACCAAUGUUUUGUACAGAAUCAUUACUCUGUUGAUGGUUGAAGUAGAAUUGUCAUUGACUUUUUUUGCACUGGUUCUCCCAGCUGUGAACGUAUGAGAAGCCAGCACUGCAUUCCACCUAUGUAAAUGGAAAUAGUUUACCGCAACAUCGACUUUUGUUCGGCGGUAUUGUUUGUGAAAACUAAUCCAAUGUGGUAAAGAUCCCAUAUUUUAUGCCAUCUGUUUUGUAGGUCAUAUUUGUGUGCAUUUGGAAGAAGCUGCAGGCCUGGAUCUCAAAUCAAUUGGAAAAAUAGGCACCAAUUGCUGAGGUUUAUAUGUUGCCAGUCUUGUCUUUCCCAUUAAUAUGGGACCAAAGCUGAUUUAUCCAAAUACAUACAGAAUGAUCGGAGUUUUUUGAUGGCAUAAAAUAUAAUAGUCAGGGGACUUUGUUACAUCAUUUUGGGAGGAAUCUUAGAUUUUUGGUAUGAACUACCCCUUUAAAUCUCCCAGCCCUGUCAAUGAUUGAUUGUUCACGUGACCAACUUUUUCCUAAUGAAUGUAAUAAAAUAAAAAACUUGUACAGGGGGAAAACUAUUUAAAACUGUAGUGCUGUUUUUAUAUUUUGCUGUUUUUAAAUAAAGGUAGACUCGAGUCA